ACAGUGAUGACAACUAACCUCCCUACAACUCUUGGCACCACAGCUGCAGGUCCCAGCGAUCCUUGCAGAGACAAUCCCUGUAAUGGUAGUUCUUCAUGUGUGCCCUUGAAUACCACGUAUUUUUGCCUGUGUGUUGAAGGAUAUUACUAUGACAAUGAGACGUGCCGGAAAGGAAAGACAUUCCCUGGUGAGAUUACAGUAAACGUCCAAGAAACAUCUGACUUGGAAAAUAAAACUUCUCCAGCUUAUCAAAACCUACAUCAUGAUGUUACUGAAUUUUUUAAAGAGGCAUUAAACCGUCCUGAUUAUGGACAGACUGUCAUCCUAAAAGUAAGCACAUCUCCUUCACGGUCAGCAAGAUCUGAACUGCUUACUGCUGGCAACACUGUUGUUAAAGUAGUGAACAUUUUUCUUGAAAAUGCCAAUAUAACUGCAAGUGAUGUAGCUGAGUUAAUUGAAAAUGCGACUAGUAUGUCAUCUUUUGUGAAAAGUUAUACUGCUCAGAGUUUAUGUGAUUUUCAUGGCUGUGUAAACGUUACUGAAGAUGAUGAUUGCAGUGAUGGUCUUACUUGCACAUGCAAAGAAGGGCUGGAGAGACCUAACAUCCUGGCCGGUUUUUGUGUUGCAACGUGCCCCAGUGACUGCAAUGCAGAGAACAAUAAGCAAUGCUUAAUGACAAAGGAGGACGAGAAACCCACCUGCGUCUGCCUAGCGGGCUAUCGGAAUGACAGCGGGAUCUGUCAAAAGUGUUCAUUCGGUUACGGUGGUGUGAACUGCGAAAACCCAUUCCAGCUCAUUCUCACAAUCGUGGGCUCCAUUGCUGGCUUUCUCAUUCUCAUCCUGAUGAUUGCGGUGAUCUGCUCAGCAAGGUCUAAGAAUAAAGGCAAGAACAUUGAAGAGCAGAACUUGAUUGACAAUGACUUUCAUGGCUUGAAGCUACAGCAGACCACAGGUUUCACCAACAUGGGAGCACAGGGGGCUUUCUUCCCCAGAGUCAAGACGGGGGCCUCCCAAAACGUCCAUCCGCAAAACCCCUACAGCAACCCGAGAGGUCUCCCUGGCCACGACUAUUAGAAUGGUAGAAUUUUGAAGUUGACGCACACACCUGACCUAAUACGUGAGCUGCUGUUUGAGUGUUCGGAGAGACUGACUGACAGGUGCCAACACAACCUCCAGGGUUUCUCUCCCACCCAGCACCUGCUGGCCUUCCUCUCUGAAUACAAGUUGUGAAUGCCAUGAAUAUAGCUCACCUCCCUCCCCCCAAAGACUAAGUAUCUGAAAUUAAACGCACAGGGAUACUCUUA